UCCUCUCACUGUGCGUUGGACUGUGAGGCCCCCCCUGGACAUGCCUGUUUAGCUGCCCUGCGUGAUGCCUGAUCAUGACAGCACCACCCUCCUAACCAGACAAACCAAACGCAGACGUGUCGACAUCGGAGUGAAAAGGACCGUGGGUAGUGCUAUAUUCCCUCGUUCCCGGGAGACCCUGCUUGACGCCAUGAACCAGUCACACGGCCCUGAUCAGGAUGGCGACUGCUCACUGGGGAGUCACGGCCAUGGGCCCACCAAUGGUGAUGGGGAGAAGUCGAAUGUACUCAGAAAGCUGCUGAAGAGGGCCAACUCUUAUGAGGAUGCCAUGAUACCUUUUCCUGGGGCUACUAUUAUCUCUCAGUUAUUAAAGAACAAUAUAGGAAAGAAUGGAGGGAGUGACUCAGGCUUUCAGGGUAGUGGGGCUUUGUCCAGUGGAGGUUCAGAGAUUCAGGCAGAAGACGCCUGUAGUAACUCUUCGCGGGACAGUCCAUCUGACUGCCUUUCCCCUGGUCCUCCAUUACCUCCUUCAUCUUCUUCCUCCAACUUCGGAAGACCACUGCCACCCUCAAAUCACAUUUCUCACACCUCCACUCAAUCCUUAACCUCCUUCGACUUGGACAGACUGUCCGAUGAGCAUCUUCGUGCCAAGAGAGCCCGCGUAGAGAACAUAAUCCGUGGCAUGAGUCACUCCCCGUUGGUCCGUCCCAGCGGCGGCGACCACAACCAAGAAGGCAAUCAUGAGAAUCAAAAUGGCAGUAGCAACAGUAACAACCGCAGAGGGGAGGAAAGCGGCCGUCGUGGGGACUGCCCUUCCCUCUUAAGCUCUCCUGGUUCACGAGGUGGAGUGGUUGGCAUCGGUGAAGUUUACAGAGAGAAUAAGAGGAAGCAGCGUCUACCUCAGCAGCAACACAGUUUCACCCAGCUGGUUUGUUCCAGGCAGGAGCAGAGACAGGAAGAAAGAAGGCAACUCAAACUACAACUUGAAGACAUGCAGAAACAACUGCGCCAAUUGCAAGAGAAAUAUUUCUGA